AUGGCCCAAGCUCAAUCCCGCGGCGUCGCGAGUGGAGCUCGCAGCAUCAACACGCCCGACGCCGCCAAUUCGCUGUCGACGCCCGUCUUGCUUUCUUUACACCUCGCCGCCAUGCUCUCCGGCAUCCUCAUAUUCAAUCAAAAGGGCGAGAACCUCAUCUUUCGCGCUUUCCGCAACGACUGCCGCCCACGCCUGGCCGAUGUCUUCCGCAUCCAGGUCAUUUCCAAUGCACAAGUCCGCUCCCCCAUCCUGACCCUGGGCUCCACCACCUUUAGCCAUGUCAAGCACGAGAACAUCUAUCUGGUAGCUGUCACCAAGAGCAACGCCAAUGCCGCCCUUGUCUUUGAGUUUCUUUACCGCCUUGUCGGGCUGGGCAAGGCCUACUUUGGCAAGUUCGAUGAGGAGGCUGUCAAGAACAACUUUGUCCUUGUCUAUGAGCUGCUCGACGAGAUUCUCGACUUUGGAUACCCCCAAAACACCGAGACGGACACGCUGAAGAUGUACAUUACCACAGAGGGGGUCAAGUCAGAGCGGACAAUGGAGGACUCUUCCAAAAUCACUAUGCAGGCCACGGGUGCGCUUUCAUGGCGCCGGGCAGACAUCAAGUACCGCAAGAACGAGGCCUUUGUCGACGUUAUCGAGGAUGUCAACCUGCUCAUGUCCGCAACCGGAACAGUGCUCCGGGCAGAUGUGAAUGGUCAGAUUAUCAUGCGCGCAUACCUUUCCGGCACCCCAGAAUGCAAGUUUGGCCUCAACGACCGACUGACGCUGGGCGAGGACCAUCUACAACAACCCUCGGGCAACAAGGCGGGUGCAAAGGCAACAAGGGCAGCAGCUGGUAGUGUCACGUUGGAGGACUGUCAAUUCCACCAGUGCGUCAAGCUCGGCAAGUUCGAUGCUGACAGGAUAAUAUCUUUUGUUCCACCAGACGGCGAGUUUGAGCUCAUGCGCUAUCGGGCGACCGAGAACGUCAACCUACCUUUCAAAGUCCACGCCAUUGUAAAUGAGGUUGGCAAGACAAAAGUCGAAUACAGCAUUGCCAUUCGCGCCAACUACGGCUCCAAACUCUUUGCUACCAAUGUCGUCGUGCGCAUACCCACGCCUUUAAACACCGCCAAAAUCACCGAGCGAACUUCACAGGGCAAAGCCAAAUACGAACCAGAACACAACAACAUUGUUUGGAAAAUCCCACGCUUCACGGGUCAAAGCGAGUUUGUCCUAAGCGCUGAAGCUAGUCUGACUAGCAUGACCAACCAAAAAGCAUGGUCCCGACCACCACUCAAUCUUAGCUUUUCACUCCUCAUGUUCACUAGCUCUGGUCUCUUGGUACGCUAUCUCAAGGUGUUUGAGAAGAGCAAUUACAGUAGCGUAAAGUGGGUGCGGUAUAUGACGAGAGCAGGCAAUUAUGAGAUAAGAUUCUGA